GACAGUCGGCAACCAACGACAAGCACAAAACAAACGUGCAGCGAAAAAAAUAUUAAAAGACUCGAAAUUGCAUUUAUUUACUGAAGAAUUUAUUUCAUAAAUGAAAAAUGUCGGCACGACCCCAACACAUGCAUGAUGGUGGUAUUGUAGAGCGUCGUUUGCGGCCAAUUUAUGAUUGGUUGGACAAUGGGGUAAAUAAGAAAGCCUUACAAGAAGCGGAGAAAGUUCUCAAGAAAAGUCCUACAUUACAAGCAGCGCGCGCUUUAAAAGCUCUAGCCCUUUUAAGGUUAGGAAAAAAAAAUGAAGCUCUAUCAGUACUAGAUGUACUCGCUGAGGAAAAGCCGAGUGACGACACCACGCUCCAGGCUAUGACGAUAUGUUACAGGGAAUCACAGCAACUAAAUAAGGUAUGUGCGCUAUAUGAGGCGGCAGUGAAGUCAGAGCCUAACAGUGAGGAGCUUCACUCGCACCUGUUCAUGUCAUAUGUGCGCGUGGCUGACUACCGUGCCCAGCAGCGCGCCGCCAUGGCGCUCUACAAACUCGCACCCAAGAACCCGUACUAUUUUUGGGCCGUCAUGAGCAUUGUACUGCAGGCCAAAUCAACAGAGGAUGUGACUAAAAAAGGCAUCCUUCUCACUUUAGCACAACGAAUGGUGGACAAUUUCAUAGCAGAGAACAAAAUGGAGGCAGAGCAGGAAGCACGGCUGUAUAUCAUGAUUCUUGAAUUACAAGAGAAAUGGGAAGAUAUUCUAAAGUUUAUCGAGGGACCAUUGUACUCACAACUUGUGCCAGGCUCAACUGCACAAGCGAGCAUACCCUAUUUAAAGAAACUUGGCCAUUGGAGGAAAUUGAAUUUGUUAUGCAAAGAGCUGCUGUGGGACAAUCAAGACAGGUGGGACUACUACAUGCCAUAUUUUGAAUCUGCCUUCGAGUUGAUGAAGGGAGUCGAUCCUAAUGAGAAUUGUAACAGCUCAGUGGAUGAUACUGAAGAGAAGUGCCAUGAAUUUAUUUGUGAAUUAAUUGAGAGUAUAUCAUCCGAGAGGACUAUAAGGGGCCCUUACUUAGCUAGACUAGAAUUGAAACGAUUAUCUAAAGAACCAAAAGACUUGUAUGGAGGUGCAAUGGCACUAUGUAUACAGUACCUAAAAUUUUUCGCUCAUAAGUCAUGUUCUGUGCCUGAUGUUAGACCCUAUCUGUCCAUGAUACCAC